ACCAUUCAGCAGGCGACUAUCGAUUCUUAACGACACCAAAAGAUAUCAGUAAUAUUUCUAUUUUUUAAAUAUUCAAACAAGGCGACGACAUAAAAAACAAAACAGCGAUCAUGUCAGUGUCAAAAAGUUUGUUGGUCUUUGCAUUCGUAUUAUCAUUUUGCGAAGGUGUCUUGAGUCAGUGUAAUUGUGCAGUUGACCCCGACAAUACAAUAUGUGAGGCUGGCUGCACAUACUAUAUUUAUUGCCAGAGUGGCACUGAUGUAACCGUACAAUGUCCAGUAGGCCAGGUUGUUGACGUAGAGGUCGGUGGAUGCGACGAUCCUGAAAAUGUGGCGCCCCCUUGCGGAGUGUACCGGAAUUGUACAGGAAAGGCUGAUGGUUACUAUACCAACUAUGACGAUGCUUGCUUGUCCUAUCAUUAUUGUCUGAAUGAGCAGUUCCAGGCAAACAAUCUUUGUCCAGCAGGUCUCGUGUAUGACGAACCCAGGCAACUCUGUAACUGGCCAGAGAACACCUGUCCUCCAUGCGGAGACGGAAGUGAGGACCCUUUUGAACCCUGCCCAACUUCGACAGCUGCAACGACUACCAUUACAAUACGGCCAUGAACGUUGCGGUUUGGAUCGAUGUCCCCAGCCCCAGUCUUUAUUGUUCCUCUUAUAAAUUUACACAUAAAUUCUAUUUCUAUUAAAAUGUACAUGUUUUAAAUGAAUUAGCCAGCCCGUCGGGGCUAUGUAGGAAGGGGACCGUUAUCUCAGGUGGAGAGCGAAAUCUAUCUUUACUACUAAAUAAAAUUUAAUUUUAAAACGUA